GAGAAAUAAGAGCAAAAAGUUCUGAGACACACACAAAAUGGCUGACAAGCGACGCCUUGCGUAUUCCAUCAUCCAGUUCCUACAUGACCAGCUACAGAAUGGGGGUCUCUCUCCCGAUGCCCAGGAGAGCUUGGAAGUCGCGAUCCAGUGCCUGGAAACCGCCUUUGGCGUAUCCAUGGAAGACCAAGAUCUGGUCGUGUCUCAAACUCUCCCUGAAAUUUUCGAAGCUGCUACAGGAAAGGAGCCUCAUUACGUCAGAACAAAUUCUGAGCCAGUCACCCCCUCGGAAGAAGACAUGGCUGAAGCUGAAAGACUGAAGACUGAAGGAAACGAACAAAUGAAAGCAGAAAACUUUGAAGGCGCUGUGGCUUUCUACGCAAAAGCAAUUGAAUUAAAUCCAUCCAAUGCAGUAUAUUUUUGCAACAGGGCUGCUGCUUACAGUAAAUUGGGAAACUAUGCUGGAGCAGUCAGAGACUGCGAAAGAGCUAUAGGCAUUGAUCCGAACUACAGCAAAGCUUAUGGCAGAAUGGGCUUAGCCCUCUCCAGUCUAAACAAACACACAGAGGCUGUUGUUUACUAUAAAAAAGCCCUGGAGUUGGAUCCAGACAACGAAACGUACAAAUCAAACCUUAAAAUAGCUGAACAGAAAAUGAAAGAAACGCCUAGUCCGACGGGAGGCACAGGAGGAUUUGAUUUAGCCGGAUUGCUGAAUAACCCGGGCUUCAUGAGCAUGGCCUCUAACCUCAUGAACAACCCACAAGUACAACAGCUGAUGUCUGGGAUGAUUUCAGGUGGCCAGAACCCUGUGGGAGCAGCAGGAGCCAGCCCUUCCCCCAACGACCUUGCCAGCCUUAUCCAAGCAGGCCAACAGUUUGCUCAGCAGAUGCAGCAGCAGAAUCCAGAGCUAAUAGAACAGUUGCGAAGUCAGAUUAGGAGUCGAACCCCCAGUGCCAGCUCUGAGGAUCAUCCCUGA